UCGCUGUUGCUUUAUUUUUUGGGUACAAAACAAUUUUUUCGUAUUUAUUGGAAGAAUAUCUAUUGCGAAGCAUAAAAUAUGGCUGACGAGGAUGAGGAUGUGACACGAGUGGUGGCUCCACCGUCCCGGAAACCUGAUGAUGACACUGCUUUUCUGCAAUUCAUCGAGAUGGAAAACUUUAAAUCCUACCGGGGACACAUAAUUGUGGGUCCACUUAAGCAAUUUAACGCCGUCAUCGGGCCCAAUGGAUCUGGAAAAUCUAAUUUUAUGGAUGCCAUCAGCUUUGUGAUGGGUGAGAAGACGUCCAGUCUCCGCGUGAAGCGCCUCAACGAUCUUAUACAUGGCUCCUCCAUUGGCAAGCCUGUAUCACGCAGUUGCUAUGUAACAGCCAAGUUUAUUUUGAAUCAUGAGAAGCAUAUGGACUUCCAACGGGCGGUCAUAAGCGGAUCAUCGGAAUACCGCAUUAAUGGCGAAAGCGUUUCCAGCAGUACUUAUCUGAACAAGCUUGAGAAGAUUGGCAUCAAUGUGAAGGCUAAAAACUUUCUAGUGUUCCAGGGUGCUGUGGAAAACAUUGCCAUGAAGACUCCUAAGGAGAGGACAGCACUGUUUGAGGAGAUAAGCGGCUCUGGCCUGCUGAAAGACGACUAUAAUCGGUUAAAAAAUGAAAUGAUCGCGGCCGAAGAGGAGACACAGUUUACCUAUCAGAAAAAGAAAGGAAUUGCUGCUGAACGCAAAGAAGCCAAACAUGAGAAAAUGGAAGCGGAACGUUACACCCGAUUACAGAAUGAAUAUAACGAAAAGCAAGUGGAGUAUCAAUUGUUUCGACUAUUUCAUGUGGAAAAGGACAUACGAAAGCACAUAACUGACAUGGAGGCAAAGCAGCAAGAGGUAAAGGUCGUCGAGCAGCGUAAGGAGGCAGCCGAUGAAGUGCUACGGGAGAAGAAAAAAGACGCUGGCAAAAUUACUCGUGACUUGGCUAAGAUUGACCAGGAGAUUCGCGAAUUUGAGACACAAAUGAACAAGAGACGUCCACUGUACAUCAAGGCUAAAGAAAAAGUGACCCAUUGCAAGAAGAAGCUGGUCUCUUUGCAGAAGACUCUAGAGACAGCGCGGGAGGCGGAUAAUGCACACCAGCAGGAUAUCAGAAAACUUGAGAAGCAGCUGAGCGAUAUUGAGACCCUAAAAAAGUCAUUUGAGGAUGACAUCGAGAACGAGUCACAACGCAGAGGGAAGAGUGUUAAUAUGGAGGAGGGCUUGGUACAGGAAUACGAUCGACUUAAGCAAGAAGCCGAAGCCACAGCUACGCAAUAUCGUUCCGAGUUAGAUUCUGUAAACCGUGAACAGAAAUCUGAGCAAGAUACAUUGGAUGGGGAAACAAAUCGACGAGCUUCUGUUGAAGAGUCCUUCAAAAAACUGACUUUGCAGCGCGAAGAGGCCGUGAAGAGGCGGGAUAAGCUCAUGGAUCAUAUUAAAUCGUCUCAAGCGGCGCUUGAAGAGCAAAAUCGCAUAAAGGACGAAUUGCGGCGUGAUGUAGGUAGCUCCAAAGAGAAAAUAACAGAGAAACAGCGUGAACUGGAAAAUGUGCGCGAUCAACUCGGUGACGCUAAAAGCGAUAAGCACGAGGAUGCACGCCGCAAAAAGAAGCAGGAGGUUGUCGAACUCUUUAAGAAGCAGGUACCAGGUGUCUAUGACCGUAUGAUCAACAUGUGUCAGCCCACGCACAAGCGCUACAAUGUGGCCGUUACCAAGGUACUCGGCAAGUUUAUGGAGGCGAUAAUUGUGGACACCGAAAAGACGGCGAGACAUUGUAUUCAGAUCCUUAAAGAGCAAAUGUUGGAGGUAGAGACGUUUCUGCCGCUUGAUUACUUGCAAGUGAAACCUCUUAAGGAGCGACUUCGAAAUAUCAGCGAGCCGCGCAAUGUGCGUCUUGUCUUUGAUGUUUUAAAGUUUGAGCCUCCAGAGAUAGAACGCGCUGUUCUCUUUGCAACUGGAAAUGCUUUGGUUUGCGAAACUCCAGAGGAUGCCAUGAAAGUGGCCUACGAGAUCGAUCGCUCACGUUUCGAUGCCCUGGCCCUAGAUGGAACAUUUUAUCAAAAGUCCGGUCUUAUCUCAGGUGGCAGUCACGAUUUGGCCCGGAAAGCAAAGCGUUGGGAUGAAAAACAUAUGGCCCAACUAAAAAUGCAAAAAGAGCGGCUUAACGAGGAGCUCAAAGAACUAGUUAAAAAGUCGCGUAAGCAAAGUGAAUUGGCAACGGUAGAAUCUCAAAUAAAGGGAUUGGAGAAUCGUCUUAAGUACAGUAUGGUGGAUUUAGAGACAUCUAAAAAAUCCAUUGGCCAAUACGAUAACCAGUUGCAGGAUGUGCAAAGACAACUGGAUGACUUUGGACCAAAAAUAAGCGAAAUCGAGCGGCGGAUGCAGGACAGAGAGGAGCACAUUCAGGAGAUCAAAGAAAACAUGAAUAAUGUUGAAGAUAAGGUAUUUGCUGCCUUCUGUCGUCGGCUGGGCGUAAAGAACAUACGACAAUAUGAAGAGCGAGAAUUGGUUAUGCAACAGGAGAGGGCACGCAAGAGAGCUGAGUAUGAACAGCAGAUUGAUGGCAUUAACACUCAGUUGGAUUUUGAGAAGCAGAAGGAUACACGCAAGAAUGUUGAGCGAUGGGAGCGCAGUGUCCAAGAUGAAGAAGAUGCUUUGGAAGGUUUAAAAACCGCCGAGUCGCGGUAUCUAAAGGAGAUCGACGAGGAUAAGGAGAAGAUGGAGAAGUUUAAACAGGAAAAACAGGCCAAGAAGCAGGCUGUUGAUGACAUGGAAGAGGAUAUAUCCAAGGCUCGACGCGAUGUGGCCAACUUGGCUAAGGAAAUCCACAAUGUCAGCAGUCAAAUGUCUUCGAUAGAGUCCAAGAUUGAGGCCAAGAAAAACGAACGCCAGAAUAUAUUAUUGCAGGCCAAGACCGAUUGCAUUGCAGUACCUCUUCUACGCGGCUCGCUGGACGAUGCAGUGCGUCAGAGUGAUGCGGACAAUACCAACACAUCUUUGGCAAUGGAUAAUAUUAUUGAAGUCGACUAUCGGUCGCUGCCACGGGAGUUAACCAAACUGAAAGAUGACUCCGCCUUUAAGAAGAUGAACGAGCAAGUGCAAAAGGAUCUGCAAGCUAAACUUGAUAUACUGGAGCGCAUACAAACGCCCAAUAUGAAGGCAAUGCAGAAACUCAACGCCGUGACAGAGAAAGUUCAAUCAACCAACGAGCAAUUUGAGAAUGCCAGGCGAAAGGCCAAGAAAGCCAAAUCAGCAUUCGAAAGAGUAAAAAAUGAGCGCUCUUCACGUUUCGUUCAAUGUUGCCAGCAUAUUUCCGAUGCCAUAGAUGGCAUAUACAAAAAAUUGGCCCGCAAUGAGGCCGCUCAAGCUUAUGUGGGUCCUGACAAUCCCGAAGAGCCUUAUCUUGAUGGUAUCACGUACAAUUGUGUGGCCCCCGGUAAACGUUUCCAGCCCAUGAGCAAUUUAAGUGGCGGCGAGAAAACGAUUGCAGCCUUAGCUCUCUUAUUUUCCACUCACAGCUAUCAACCCGCUCCCUUCUUUGUGCUGGAUGAAAUAGAUGCAGCCUUAGAUAAUACAAAUAUAGGCAAGGUGGCCUCGUAUAUUCGCGAUCAUGCGACGAAUUUGCAAACCAUUGUCAUAUCUCUGAAAGAAGAAUUCUAUGGUCAUGCAGAUGCUCUUGUGGGCAUUACGCCAGCGGAGGGCGAUUGUCUUAUAUCGAAUGUUUAUAUAAUCGAUUUGACAUGUUUUGAAGAUAAGUAAAAGGAGUGGUAUUUUCGAUCACCAUUAUUUUUAGGCUUAGUUUAAGAACAAUACAUAUAUACCCACUUUCUAAUUACGCAAUAAUUGAAAAUACAUAUGUAGAAGUAAUUUAUUUUUAUUGACUUUAAAAAUGAAAUGGAGGUCGACUACUUUCCUUAUGUCUACAUGUUGAGACAACUCCACCCGGUUUUAAAUAAUAUAUAAACCUUGACUUCAGCCGGUGAAAAAUAUAUUACUUACCAACCUAUUGACAUAAUGUUGAUAUAUUUCCGCCAGAAACAGAAUUGGUAUAAAAAAACUAAUAACUAUCAUUUUAAAUAUAUUUUUCUUCAACUUUAA